AUGUCUCUCGCAACACUUGACACAUCGCAACACCCCAACCUCCCCUCCGCAUCCGCGACCCUCUUCAAGGCCAAGGCCGCCAAGAAAUUCAGCUUCGAACAGAUCGCCCAGCACAUCGGUCGCAACGAAGUCGCAACCGCAGCCAUCUUCUACGGCCAGGCCAAGGCUUCGCCAGAGGACAUCACCAAUCUCGCUUCCCUCCUGGGAAUUCCUCAAGAGGUUCUGGAGGAUCAACUCAAUGGCUUUCCUGACCGCGGCAAGUCCGUGGAAAUGCCACCCAAGGAGCCUCUGAUCUACCGCUUGUAUGAGAUCGUGCAGAACUAUGGGUAUGCCUACAAGGCUGUUUUGAACGAGAAGUUCGGUGAUGGCAUUAUGAGCGCAAUUUCGUUCUCGACAAAGGUGGAAAAGGAGACUGAUGCUGAUGGAAAUAACUGGGCUGUUAUUACCCUUCGUGGCAAGUGGCUUCCUUUCUCGAGGUUCUAA